AUGUUAAAAGAGGCAAAAGACUCAAUUUUGUUGGAUUUUCCAUAUUUGGAUUUAAUUGAAAAAUAUAAAUUCCCACCAAAUUUUACCAUGGAAAUUUUGAAUUGCAAAAAAUUGGAAAAAUUAAUUCAAAUUUAUCUUGACUGUGGACCUCCAGUUUGUUUUGAUUCUUUUUUUCUUUCUAUUUUAAUUUUUUUAUAUCCGACUUUUAAAAUUUACUUCUCUUAACUUUGUUAAUAAUAAAAUAAAAAUCUUGCGGACAAAAUUUCGGACGUUUUUCUAAAUGCGGACCUUUAUAAGUCUUCUUAAUCCUCUUUUUUUGAGGACUGCCCUCCCUCCAAUUCCCCUCCUGCCCUUCAAUUCCCCUUC